AUGUCGAGAAAUGAGGCGCGGAUUCAUGGUUUGCUGAGGAAGUCGCUUGUUGGGGAACUUCUUGAUACCCAAUUUGACUUGUUCUCCGCUCGGUCGAAGUGCGCAGGCAACAUUACCAAGCCUCAAGCAUUAUUUGCAAACCACGAAGCCCUUGCUGCGAGUUCAGAGUACUUUGCAAGCUUACUUUCCAGAAAAUUCCUCAAUGAUCCUACUUUGAUCGAAUUUCAAGACUAUCACACUUGCGAAGGAGGGAUCUCCCUUAGUGAGUAUGGCUAUGCGUCCAAUAGCGACCUCAAUGAAGAGGAGGAGGAGAUUGACGAAAUCGACAAAGACAAAGAGAAGUGUGUGGAGAUUUCUACAGAACGAAUGUCUCGAACAGCAUCAAACUUGGAUUUGGCUAUAAAGGGAACACAAUGUAUUAUGCUAAGCCACAGAGUAUUGGUAACAGAUACUGCAUUUAAUAUAUGGCAAGCUUUAUUGUACUAUCUGUACACUGACGAGAUCGUUUUCGCACCUUUGCAAUCACAGGGAAGUAAGAUUGCAAGACAUUCCAGCCUUGAUGGGCCCCCGCCAUGCUCGCUGAAGUCUAUGUAUCGUCUAGCAUGCAAGAUAAAACAUGAUAAAUUGCAGGCCAAGGCGCUUGCUGCUAUACGAUCAAGCUGGACUGAGCACAAUAUUCUCAUUGACACUACCACUGCCAUGACAAACUUUCCGACAAUCGCUGGUGUUGACCUCCUGCACGAGGUUGAUGUCUAA